AUAUACGACAUAAGAGUGAGGAGAGAGAAAAUCAAUUUGCCCAUUUCCAUAAAUUGAUUGACUCACUUUCCCUCUCUCUCUUCCUUUCUCUUUAUUCACCUGUGUAAGCAAACUCCCAAUCUCUCUCUAUCAAAAUCAAAUUCAGCUCUUUCUCUCUCUGAUCCCCUUGUCUUUGAUUGAUUCCCAGAAUUUUUCCUGCUACUGAAUCAGUAAAAUCUAAAAAAAUCCAUUAAACAAACAGCAAAAAUACCAAAAACCCAGUUUUUAUUUUACCCAUUUCAUGCUUAAUAGAUGAUAAUCGAUGGUUUAUCAUCAUCUUUGAUUAAUUUAAUUGAUAAAGUUGAGUGUUUUAGUGAGAAGAAACCAGAAAAGAUGGGAGCUUUGCCUAUGCCGUUUGAAGCUUUACCACUUGGGUUCAGGUUUAAGCCGACGGAUGUUGAAUUAAUUGAUCAUUAUUUGAGGUUGAAGAUAAAUGGCAAAGAUGAUGAAGUUGCGUGCAUUAAAGAAGUUGAUAUUUGCAGGGUUGAGCCUUGGGAUCUACCUGAUUUGUCAGCAAUUAGAACACUUGAUCCUGAGUGGUUCUUCUUCUGUCCUCGUGACCGCAAGUACCCCAACGGUCAGAGGUCGAAUCGUGCUACCGAAGCUGGCUACUGGAAGGCCACUGGUAAGGACAGGAGCAUCAAAUCGAGGAAAAUGGGGUUAAUUGGAAUGAAGAAGACUCUUGUGUUUUACACAGGACGAGCUCCCAAGGGGCAGCGUACCAAUUGGGUUAUCCAUGAAUAUCGUCCUAUGAUUCAGGAGCUUGAUGGCACACACCCAGGACAGGUGGCUUUUGUUCUUUGCCGCUUAUUCAAGAAAGCGGAAGAUCUGAAACCAGAUGAUAAUGAGGAUGGUUACCAUACCGAGGAAGUUGAAACGAACAUUUACUCACCUACUCCAACCAAUGUUUCACAGAAAGACGUACGGUCGGAGCCCAUGCCGAGGAAGAUCAGUGAAUACCGUCUUGAUGAUGGUUCACCGGAAGACUUACGGUCGGAGCCAGCGGUUGUUCAGGCAUCUCCUGUGUCUGUCGAGCAAAGCGUGGAGCAACAAAUGACAUCUGAGACUUUUGUAGUCAAACCUUGUGAUAGUAUAACAUCUAAGCCAGUAUUGCCUGAUCAUCCUCGGGUGAACAAAGAAGUGGUGCAUGAGGUGGAUUCCUAUUUCAAUGAACCUUUUAACUUCUAUGAUGCCCCGGAUUCGUACUAUCCAUGGCAGUCGAUGCAUACGAACCAGGGACCAAUUGGCAUGGACGACAUUUUCCCUUCAGAAAUUGGUGAUAGUCAUAAUGGAUUGCACUUACAGGACAUCAAUGGAAAAGAACAAAUUUCUGACUUCAUGGAUUCUGUUAUUGAUCCAGAUGCACCCUACUACAAGGAAGCUGUUCACCAAGGGGAAACAUACAUUGAAAAUGAUGUGUGGAAGAAUUCAUCUAUCAAGGAGAGCGGAUCAUGUAGCGGGUCCGAUGUUGAAGUAGCCCAACAGAAGCAUGAUGUGGGAUUCAUUAGGCAGAAUUAUAAUGAACCAAAGGGCUACGAGGAACUUCUGCAGAGUUGCCUUCUGGCUGAUGAUGAAAAUAUCUUCUCUGAUGAUGCUGUGGAUCGAUUCAUCAACCCCCUUAGCAGUUACCCUCCAACACUUGGUACCGGCUCUGUGAAGGUUGAAGAUGGCAAUCAAAUUGUUGGAAAUAGUGGAAUCAAAAUAAGGUCUAACCUUCGUGGAAGAGAAUUACCGUCUUCAACCUUUGCUGGGCAGGGAACUGCAAAUAGAAGAAUGCGCUUACAAAAAUUCCAGGAUGAAGAAGAAGAAGAAUCAAACUUCACAGUUACCGAGAGAAGUUGUUCUCCUACAAUUGCUCCUCACGAGGAUUUCAUCUGCUUAACAGAUCUUGUUGACAACGCCACUACUGCAGCUGAUGAAAUUGGAGUUGUUGAAACCGGAAUCAAGAUAAGAACCAAUCUCCAGAGAACUCGGCCAAGUGCAGCAAAAUCUGUGGAGCAAGGAACUGCAAAUAGGAGAAUUCGCUUGCAAAAGAGAUUCACUUCUGCUGCUGAGGCAGAAGUCUGUAAAACAUCAGUUGCAGAGAUAAGGAAUUCGUCAGUAGAAGUUCGUGAGAAGCAGUGUGCUGAUAACUCUGAAGGCAGACCUGAUAAAAAUGAUAGUAAACUUAAGAAGUCAACGCCGGUGCAUAUGGUGAUUAAGGUAGUUGUGGUUGUUUUCUUGUUCAUGGCUUGUUUUGGGCUAUGGAUAGCGCGGAGUGUUAUUCUACUCUCGAGCUGAAUUUUGUAUAUGAGUGACCCUCGUAAGUUAACGGUUUCUUUAGAGUAAGAGGGAACCCCUAGUACAGAUUCUAGACUGGUUUAUGUUGUAGGCUAUCUCUUUGUUUUUUAGAGUAUCUGAGAUAGAUUGCUGAUAUAUAUGUAUACCUCAUAUGACAGAACUCUAAAACUGUUGUCUUUUUGUAUAUUGCUAGUUUCAUCAUAGUGAUUUCUUCUGAAUUUUGGUCUUAA